UUCAGUUCAAAACGAAACGAUCAACUCGUCUCUUACCCGCCAAUUUUUCCACUUCAUUACGCGAAUUCAUUACGAUUUAGUGACACGUGUUAUUUGCGGGAAAAAAAAAAAUACUUCAACUGGAUUUAAUCUUGACAGGCGUCAUGUUUAUUAAAUUAUAUGCAACCGAGUCCUUGUGCUUGCACUCGCAAUGUUUAUUUCGGUUCAAGUGCGGAUGUAUUUCGGUGUUAUCGGGUAAUUAGGGCUGACGGGAUCAAUCAAUCAAUCAGCUUUUGGCUAAUUUCUCCGGCAUCAAUACCAGUCACUGUCUUUCAUUAUAUUUUUUAUUAAAAAUAGAGACUUUCAUGAAAAAAUCAGUGGAACUGACUAUUCGUAUGGAAAAAAUGAAGAAACAUCCAGGAAAUUAUUGAUGACAGCGGUAUGGGGUGCGUUGGAGGCGGUGAAAUCAGAGCUAAAACUCGUGAGAUUGAGACUGGAUGACCAGUUUUGAUGUUUUUUGAUCGCUUCUGAACGCAGAAUUAAUUGAUCGCAGUGUUAAUGAGUGGAUGAUGAGAUGUUGGCGAUGAUUUUCAUAGCUCUGAAUAUUCUGCUGGGCCUGAUAGACGCUGGAGAUCCAUCUGCCAAGGUCAGGGGUGACCUGGUGGUUGGUGCACUCUUCAGCGUUCAUCAUGCACCGAGUGGUGGUCAGGGUGCUCUCGUUUGUGGACCUGUCAGGGAACUCUAUGGGAUACAGAGAGUUGAGACUGCUCUCAUCACUCUCGACAAAAUUAAUAGAGACACGAGUAUUUUACCUGGGGUGACACUUGGACUGGAGGCGAGAGACUCCUGUUGGUCUGCACCUGUGGCACUUCAGCAGAGUAUCGAACUUGUGAGGGAUGCUAUCACACCAGCUCUCACUCAACCCCAACUUUCAGCCAAUGGGGAAUCGCUUGGCUGUCAAGUCGAUUCGAUUAUUCUAAAUUCAGAAUCUCCUCUGAAUAAGGCACCGGUUGUUGGGGUUGUUGGUCCAGGCUCGAGUUCAGCUGCUCUUCAAGUUCAGAAUUUAUUGCAAUUGUUUUCAAUUCCUCAAAUUGGGUACUCACCAACAUCGAGAGAUCUCAGCAACAAGAAGAGGUACUCCACGUUCCUGCGGGUUGUACCCUCGGACUACUACCAGGCGCAGUUGCUCGUCGAUCUCGUUCAGUAUUUCAAUUGGACUUACGUCUCUAUCGUCAAUACCGACGAGAAUUAUGGACAGAGCGGAAUGCAAGCGUUUCGCGAAUUGGCAGAGAGAUAUGGUAUCUGCGUGGCGAGAGAGGAUUCGGUUCUAUCAAAUGCAGAGGAUGCGGUUUUCGAUGGAGUCCUGACCAAUCUCGAUCAGGAUCAGGCGGCAAAUGUCGUCGUCUGCUUCUGCGAGGGGAUGACGAUGAGAGGCCUGCUCUCCGCCAGCAAGAGACUCAAUUUGACAGGGCGAUUCGUUUUUAUUGGAAGUGACGGCUGGGCUGAUCGCGAUGAUGUCGUCGAGGGCCUCGAAGACGAGGCCUGGAGCAGCCUCUCCAUUCGAAUCCACUCUCCCUACGUCAAGGAAUUUGACAAGCAUUAUUUCUCCCUCAAUCCCUUCACGAACACUCGCAACCCCUGGUUUGUGGAAUUCUGGCAGCAUCGGUUCAACUGCGUCAUGCCGAGGAUUUUGAGUGACGAUCUGGAGGAGAACCCCAGCAAUAAGACGGCCAUUGAAUUUCCGGAGGGGAGGAAAAUCUGCACAGGUGAGGAGAGGUUGGAGGAGCGUUACAGUCAGGAUCCGAAAAUGAGUUUUGUGAUGAAAUCGUUCUGGGCUAUGGCACACGGUCUCCACAGUAUGCUUGAAGAGAUAUGCGGUCGCGAUUACUCCGGUGUUUGCAAAGAGAUGUAUCCCUUCAACGGCACCCUCUUCAAGAACCACUUGAUGAAUAUAUCCUUCACUUUCGGCGAGGAGGAGGUGGAGUUCGAUCGUCGUGGUGACCCUCCGGCCAGGUAUGAGAUCCUGAAUUAUCAGCUCGGGCCCGAUGGCAGUUACGAUUACAGGCAGAUCGGGGACUGGAAUAAUGGGACUCUGGUGCUCUCUGAGUUACCGCAGUCCAGGGGCAGUCAAUUGGUCACCAGUGUGUGUUCACAGCCUUGUCCUAUGGGGCACUAUAAGAAUUUUAAAACAGGUGGUCAAGGAAAGAAAUGCUGUUGGGCAUGUGUACCUUGUGAUCAUCACGAGGUUGUCGACGAAGAGCAACUGAAAUGCGUGCCUUGCCCCUACGGUCAGUGGCCGAAUAAAAAUAAAACCGACUGCGAGGUGAUUUUCGUGGAGUACACAUCCUGGGGGGACGUGGAGGCUGUUGUUGGCAUCACCUUCAGCGUUUUAGGACUGAUGGCGACUUUUGCCACGUGUCAUAUAUUCGUGAGACACAAUAAUACCCCCGUGGUGAAAGCCAGCACACGUGAGCUCAGCUAUCUCAUCCUCGCCGGCAUCACCCUGGCACAUGCUGCAGUUUUUCCCAUUUUAGCGAAACCCACGAGGAUAUCCUGCGCCCUGUCACGACUCAUGCCGGGGAUCAGUUUUGCCAUGAUAUACGCCAGCCUCUUCACCAAGACCAACAGAAUAGCCAGAAUUCUCGCUGGAUCCAAGAAGAGAUUCCCGAAGAGAAAACUCGUGUUCAUGUCGGGGACUGCUCAAGUGGCAAUAACGUCGUUUCUGAUAAUGCUGGAAGCUGGUGUAGCUGGUGCAAUGCUGGUGAUUGAACCCCCACAAGCCCGUCUAGAGUUUCCGGCAAGAGAUAGAGCAGUCCUAAUGUGUGCAACAUCCCCUAGGGCAGUGUUAUCGCCGUUGGCAUUCGAUGGCCUACUCCUAGCCCUGUGCACCCUGUACGCUGUGAAAACCCGAAACGUUCCAGAAAACUUUAACGAAGCAAAAUUCAUCGGUUUUGCUAUGUACACAACGUGUGUCAUAUGGAUUGCAUUUGUUCCUAUUUACUUUGGCAGUGAAUCCAAAGUCGUGACAAUGUGCAUGUGCGUUACACUGAGUGCUUCCGUCACUCUGGUAUUUCUUUUCCUACCAAAACUUUAUAUCAUCGUUCUCAGACCGGAAAAAAAUAAUAGAGCACUUUUUACAACGAGCAAAUCGAUACGCUGUCACAUCGGAGCCAGGGUGGCAGCUGCCAUCGCUGAACCACCCUUGAAGCAGCCUAUUUACAGGCUUUCUAAUCACAAUCCACAAAAAUCAGAUGUGCAAAGCUCUGUCUCGAGGAGAACUUUAUCCGUGCAGACAGGGUCUGAGUUGCUGCUGGAUUUAUAUAAAUCCCACCGGGAAUUUCUCUCUCCACCUACGAUACGUCUCGUCUCAUCAUCGGACAAUAUUUCCUCGAAAUCAAUUCCCAAGUGCAGGAGAUGCUUCGAAAGAAUGUGCAAAUCUACUGGAAAUGUGGAAGAUUUGCGUCAGGAACGAGUGGAUUAUUUAUUCAGGGAUAAUCUUGAUUUGAAAAUCAAAAGGUAUAGGAGUGCCAGAGGUCGAUGCUCCACCGGCCCCGAGGAAUUACCCCUGGAUGCCAGAGCACUCAUGGAAAAUCACGGAAUGAUGGGCUCGAGGGAGCGGAGAUUGGAGUGCCCCGUGGGAGAGAAAAAAGAUCAACUCAAUCUGGGAUUUGGUGGGAUAAAAGCUCGCAUACGUGAAGAACUGAACCAUUUUGACGUUCACGGAAAUCCCAUAGUUAACAUUACAAUUACACUCGGCAGUAAAUUGCCGGGGUUUCGGGAUUUUUAUCAAACAACGGUUUGACUCGUCAUUAAUUGCGUUUUCACAUUUAUUGUAUUGACCAUUGAAAAAUAUUGUGUUCAUUUCCGCUGUCUUUUAAGAAAUUUUAUCAAAUUCCUAUUAAACUUUUGCGAUAAUUCUCAUUAUCAUUAUAAUUAAUUCUAGAACUUCAAUCAAAUUUAUUAGAGAGACGUUGUUUUUAUAUCAAUUAGUUUUAUCUAUUCGAAAAUUAACUCCUCGAUCUUUCUAAUGGAUUGAAAAUAAUGUGGGAAUGAAUGCCGUGGGAUGAAUAACGCUUUUAAUCAAAAUUAACCAAAUUAAAUUAAUUGAAAUUACGUUUCUGCUGGAUAUUCACACUGAAUAAAAACGCUUUUGUGUUCAGUAACUGAAAAUAAAUGAUUUUACUGUGUUGAGGAUGUAGUGACUAGAUUUUUACUCGCUUUAAACUAGUUCCCUCGUCCUGAAUCGCAAUAGCUUCGCUGGUAUCGGCUAAAUAUUGGAAACCAUGGAGACUCGGAU